AUGACAAGUACAAAUGAUUCUGUGGGACGAGAAAACGCGAGGUUAUCAAGGAACAGAAAAAAAGUUUCUUUCGUGGUUACAGUUCUCACUCUUAUUUGUUUCGCUGGCAGCCUUAUUCUGUUCGUAUUCGCCAUUUUCGAUCUUUCCUAUAAAAACUCAACUGUUAGAUUUGCAAUCAUUGCCUCAGUACUCCUGGUUGUUGGAUUAGCAUUGAUAGUGUUGGUACGACCCAAGAGACUAUCAAAUGAUUCUCAGGCUACGAUCUCGACGAUUCCUGUGGAAGUUUUGGCGACUUCUCCGUCUCCUAUUCUUCCUGACAGCCAUAUUCCUCGCCGUCUUCUGUCUCUUAGGACCUCUUCGAUGGACUUGCCAGAUUAUUUUACUGCUGUCCAGAAUAUUGAUGGAAUAUAUUUAUCCGAGGAAGAUGCAGUUUGGAUAAAAAGGUUUCCAGAAACUCCACCACCAUGUUACGAUGAUGCUCUCAAACUGGCUUUUAUAACCGGUGAGGAAAGCUCGCCGAUGUCUUUAGUAGAAUUUAGAGGUGGAGGGGAAACAACACUCUGAUAAAUUUUCUUAGUAGAAAUUUAACCACAACGCAUAUAUCUAAUUAGCAUGUCAAAAGUUCCGAGCAAGACUACUUUUAUCAAGCUCAUGAAGCAGUUUGUCACUACGAAUCUCACAUGCUACUACUAGUAAUAGUUUAAACCACUGAAACGUUUUGAAGGUUUAAGAGAUCUGAAACUUGUUUUAAUAUUACCUCACGUUAAGUUGGGUCGUUUCUAGGGGAAACGUUUUAAACGAUUUUCCUCCGUUUCUAGGAGAAACGUUUAUAAUGAUUUUAACAGAUAUUCUGUUCAAGGCAAUAGGAAUACCAUUUGAAUAUAUUAUAAUGAAUUAUAUAACAGAUAUUACAACAAAUGUACAGUGACGAAUUUCGCCCGUGACGUAGUAGUUUUUAAUUUACGAUUUUUUGUGCCCAGAUCUCAUUAGUAAUUCUCCUUACUGUCUGCCAUACAGUUCUUGGGAUGUUAGUUUGGAGAAUUUAGGAUCAGAUCAACUUAUAAUCCCCUAAUCAAUAUUUUUCUUUAUUCUCAUCACUUGUCUGCUUGAUGUUGUAAUGAUAUUGUAAGGAGAAAUUCUGUCUUGGUCGCUCAUGGGAGUUUAAGUGUUAAGAUAAAUUUGGUUUGGGUUUUACGACGCUCCAUUGAAAUUUCUCUAAAUGUAUUCCGAUGUAAAAUGUAUAGAUAUUCUUGUGCUUGCAGCUAAAAAAAAAUAUUUAGCCGGAAGUGGACGAGCCAUUUUUUUUUGGGGGGGGGGGGGGGGCAAUUGGCACCACUCUACGUCUGUGGCUUCGAAACUUAGCUCGUAUUAGCACCAAACUAAUACUUAGGAUCGGAGUUGUGGGAGCAACUGCACGCCUACCCCUCCCAUAAACCAACAGUAACCAUAACUUAUUUCCAGUUGACGUUGUUGUAUUAAGGGAAGGUAGGUACACAGUUGUUUAGAUAUUGACAUUGAUCCUGUACAGGCCAAAACAUCGUCUGGGCCUUUUCUUGUUUCGCUUUUUUUUUUUUCGUUUUGGCUUCUUAUUCUGCAAUAAGUUCAAUUGAUCCUGUCGGGAUCAUUUCAAUGGGUUUUUUUUAAUUAUCGUAAGGUCCAAAUAAAAUUUAUUUCAUUUAAUUGAGACUUUGUUUGCUUUGAAAUCAAACAGGAAGUCAUCCGUGAAUCAAAGUGUGACGUCACGUCAAGAAAGAAAGACUUCGAGUUUAAACUUUAUUAA